CCUUUUGCUGGGGAAUCAUGAAAAACCAGGAUUUAGUGGAUUACUUGAGAUCCUGCGGGGUGUGCGAGGUUUGUCAGCUGCGUUACCUGAAAGCCAGGGGCACCGAAUACAAGGACAUCAAGGAAACUUUCCGAAAGUUGGACGUAGAAGUGACAAAAAAUUUAAAAAAUGGAGAGGCGCUCAUACCGAUUGAAGAUCCACCAGCUAAGAAGACCCGCCUAGACAUUUGCGCUACAUGCUUGGGAUUGUUCUCAGAGGAAUUCCAAAAGGAGCUUCUUGGCGGCAUUUUGGCUUCAGAUUUUGCCAAAUACGAUUGCCAAAAAGUCGUUUUAGCAAUAUGUUUGCCCAUGACCCUGCAGUUGAGGCAACUAGCCAUGUGGUUUGCUUUGCAGAGAAAAUUUGGAGCAGCUAUAGACGGUAGUAAUCCCCCAGAUGUGCCUAUUAAAGAAGCUGUUAAGCUGAUUCUUCACCCGAUUAUCUGUGAAAAGUUGAACAAGGAGUACGACGCCAAUGGCCUGAUGAUAAAUAUAGAUCUCACCCACAAACUGGAGCAAGAAGAUGUCGAGAAACUAGUGAAACUAAACAAGGAGGCUUUUCCCGCAAAGGCUGCGUAUCAGAAACGAAUUGAAAUUUCGAGAGGAUUACUAGAGAAACAAUACCAACCUUCUAAAGUACGGGCGGAAACCUUUGAGAAAUAUUUCCAGAUACCGUGCUCAAGCGUUGAGGAGUCACUGAAGCUCACAUCCAUAGACCUGCAGGGUCCGUUGAUUUGCGUGGCAGGAAGAUAUCGAAAGUUGAGCAGGGAACUAUCACACACUCCCUGGGUUUUGAACGGCCAAAGACUAAUGGAGGACAGUAUCGAGGAGAUCAUCAUCAGGCACGUGGGUCCCCACUUCACAGAGAACCGGGAUAAAAUCACCUUUAUGUCGAGUGGCAGGGAAGAUGUGGAUGUCCGCUGUCUGGGAAAGGGCAGACCCUUUGCUUUGGAAAUACCGAAUGCCAUAAGGAGUAGCUUAACCACAUCACAAGCCCACAAGAUGGAAAAGGCUGUUGAUACAUCGGGAAAAGUGUCCAUACUCGACCUGCAAGUCGUGGCCAGAGAAGAGCUUACUCACAUUAAGACUGGGGAGGAGCAGAAAAAGAAAUUUUAUCGCGCUCUCUGCGUCCUUAAAGAACCGGUAUCUGUGGAGAUACUCAAUAAACUGCAAAUCCCACAGAGUUUUGACAUUCAGCAAAAGACACCUAUACGAGUCCUUCAUCGUCGCCCUUUGCACACGCGCCCCAGAACGAUUUACAGUGUUAAGGCUAAAGUGCAGCGUGGAAAUCACCAUGCUCUGGUCAUCGAUAUUGUUACUCAAGCGGGCACGUAUAUUAAGGAGCUGGUUCAUGGCGAAUUUGGCAGGACCUCGCCGUCAUUGUCCUCUAUCAUAGGCAAACCCAUCGACAUUCAAGCACUGGAUGUGGUAGCCAUCGAUUUAGAUUGGCCACCCCAGGUAGAUAACUCGAUUCAUGCAAAGUAACUAUUUGAACUUUAAGUUAAGUUUUACGUGUUAAUAAAUGUAUGCGCCUAUACGCAUAAGUUUAAAAAUAUCCUCAGUGGCUUUACAAUAAAUGGUUUCCAUGCCUUGAAUCUUAAAAAA